UCGAUCACCAGCAAUUCAACAUAUUCCCAGCGAUCUUCAGCCGUCAGCUCAACUUCUCCGCGGCGGCGGCUGCCAAUUGCGGCCAGAACAAGCUGAUGGAUGAGCUCAGGCCGAAUUUGGGUCUGCUUGGUGUCGGUCUGGUUGAGAACGACAGCUUCCAUCUGAAUCACAAUCAGGAGAAGAGGAAGUGCAGUAGCGCCAGUUCGAAUGAGCAGGACUUCGGUCUGUACGGGGUGCAUCAGGGUCUCGAGGCGAGUCCGCCGACGCCCGCCGCGACGCCCGGUAGAAGCAGCGUCGGGGCUACCACCACCGUCGGAGCUGAAGGCGCUUUUAAGAAGUUAAAGCCUGACCCCUGCGCUUCCAGUCCUCACAUUGGUCACACACCUACCACAGCUAGCUGUCCAACACCUGCCCGACGGCGACACAGGACUACCUUCACUCAGGAGCAGCUGGCAGAAUUGGAAUCGGCGUUUGCAAAAUCCCAUUAUCCGGACAUAUACUGCAGGGAGGAAUUGGCGAGGACCACCAAAUUGAACGAGGCCAGAAUUCAGGUUUGGUUCCAGAACAGAAGAGCGAAAUACCGGAAGCAGGAGAAGCAGCUGCAGAAAGCUCUGACACCAAUUCCCGCCUGCCAAGGUGCCAUGAUGAGGAAUAUCUAUCCUGGUGCUAGCAGAGGUUAUCAACCCUACCCCCAUCCUCACAACAGCAUAAAUGGCAUAAAUCGUUAUCCCCAGAUGGGCACGACGUCUUACCCGAGCAUGACUCAGCCGUUCUCCAUGUCGCAUUCAGCGUCGAAUAUGUCGGCCGUCACCGGCAUGCGACAAGAUGCAAUGGGAAUGUCAGCGGAGGACGAGUGGUACAACAAGAGCAUCUCAGCCCUGAGAAUGAACACAGCCCACCACCCGAAUCUGGCCGCACCAAUGUUACAAUAUCAGACAUAAUUGUAAACGGAGGCGAGAGGGCAACUCGAGGGUCUCGUCAGGAAUCCGAUGACGUAUCUAUGAUCAAGCCGAUCGAUGGAGGGAAAAAAAACCGAGAGCAAAAUGACGAACCCGACGAAGCCCUAUCGACGUUUUGCCGUUUCGCAGAAAGAAGAAAAAAAAAGAAAUGAGAGGAAGGGAAACAGAACCGUGGAUCGAUUUGCAUUAUCGCUAAUCGGCUUACGCGGCCGCGUCGACAUCCUGAUUUCGUGACGCAUUCUCGCAUCUCACUUGCAGCAAGCAAGCUCGAUUUGCAAUGGCAUACACAUGUCGCGAGGCAUAUACGCGCGAAAAGCUCUUAAUCCGAUCACGUUCUCGUGUUUCAUCGUCGUUUGGACAGGCCGAAUGUAAGUUCGAGCACGACGUUGAAGAUUGUGUGCGAUAACGAAAUAAUGAGACUGUGCGUUUAUCUCGAACGUUUAUUCGGAACGUGAAUUUCUAAAAUUCAACAACGUUGAAUUCUGAAAAUUCAACAACGCGCGAUUAUCGCGCGCGUGUGAAAUAUCGUGUUGCAAAAUAUCAAUUGGCACACAUAGAACCUCGUGAUUUUUUGUGUAAUUUCUGCGACUUACGAUUCAUUACGAUCGACAUACAGAUUGUCUCUGGUAUCGCGUAUUUCCUUUCUCAAUUGGCAAAUCCUCUCACUAAACGUUUGCGAGACAGAUUUUUUACAUCAAUUUUGAAACAGAAUGUUAUCAAAGGGAAGCCUAUCAAUGAAGUUAAGAUUAAGAAAAAAAUCCAAAUAUCUCAAUAAUAUUUUCAUUAAAUUAAAAU